GAAACGGUACACAAAUGUUGUGAGGCGAGGUGCCCCUUGUUUACAACUGGAAAACAGUCUGAAAAAAAGCAACAGCGUGCAGAGGAAACUAAUUGAUACACCAUGAAUCUAAACGACUUUGUGAUCACUCCUAACAAGCCCAAGUCUGUGAAGUUAAAUGCAAGAAAGCUGCGGGAGCUGCGCAUGGAGACGGUGCAGCUGGCCCAGGAGAGCACGGCCAUGGAGAGCAGGCUGCAGCAGCUCAGGGAGAGCAUGGGCCGAGAGAAGGAGGAGAGAGAGAGGUCUGGGGGAUUCCGCUGGAAGUCUGGACAGGCGGGCGCCCUCACCGGCCCUGCCGCCCGGAGGAGCCGUGAGAACGCGGCGCCAAAGGUCCCCGGGGCAAAGGUGAAGAUCCGAGUGCUCCGAGACGAGCCGUUGGCAGAGCCCCGGCGGCCAGUUGAGCGACCUCCCCGGCCAGUUGAGCAGGCGUCCAGUAGAAGGCCUCGACUCAAGGGGAGAGUGUGUGGGCAGUGUGAAGACAGGGCAGCUGGUUUGAUGUGCGCUGAAUGCGGAGAGGAUUACUGCAUCGGCUGCUUUGCCAGGUUCCACCAGAAGGGGGCACUGAAGCUCCACAGAAUGAUCCCCAUCCAGGCAGAGGUGCAGACGUCUGUCAGUGCACUGGAUGUGGUCCACCGCUUCAAGCAGCAGGUGAGCCCUAAGGCAGCCGAGCUCGCUAGUGCCCCCACUGGACAGGGGAAGAAGGAGCCGGCCGUCUGGAUGUUGGGUGGCGAGAGAGAGCCAGCUGCCAAUCACAUGGUGCCUGCGCCGAGUCACCAGGUGAGGACAGCGAGUGAGGAGGAGGAGGAGGAGGAGGAGGAGGAGGAGUACGAGGAGGAAUACGAGGAGGAGGAGGACGAGGAGUGGGCGGAGGAGGUGGUGGGCGGCGGAGGUGCCGGAGGCUGGUCUCUGCUGAGCGGCCACUUUGACGAGGAGGCGUCGGCGCGCUCCUUCCAGCAGGCUCUGCGGCGGUGGAGAGGGGAGGAGGGAGGAGGCGCAGCACACACACACACACACCAGCAGGUGCAGGCCCCCAGGCCACACUCAGCAGCACUGCCAGUGUCGACGGAGGCUGCUGGGACUCAGGCAGACCUUCAGCCCAGGUCCCUCCAGCCCAUUCAGGUGGAGUUCAGCCAGUCGGGACUUUGUUACUUGGACAAACUGCUGAUCAAGAAACACCGCCGGACGCCAAUCGAAGAGUAUCGACCGCUCUCCAGCGAAGCCUCUACUCAGGAGCACUUGACACCCUCAAGCACAGAGACUGAUGGGGAGAGCCACAGGCUGACAGAGGAGGACAAGGAGCUGCGGCAGUACCUCGCCGCCCUGUUCACUGUCCCGCCUGCGGGGGGCGCCACAGAGCCCCGCUCCCCCACCACGCCCACCCUGAGCAUCGUGGAGGUGGACCAGGCAGUGUGUGUCGCCGUGGGUACCUCUGCCUUUGGAGUGGAGCAGCGCGGCGCGAGCACAAAGAGGUUGGACGGAGGUAGGGAGAGCGAGAGCGGGCGGAGGAAGAGCGAGGAGAGGAGGGAUGCGGGCGCUCGAUCUUCGGCGUCGUCUUCCUCCCCUCGGCUGCCUGCGUCGCCCGGGCCACGCUUCUCCCCCGGCGCUCGAUCGUCCGUCCCGUCUGACCAGAGCCCCACGCCGCCUCCGGGGCCGGCACCGAGGGCUGCUCUGCGGCCGAUGCCGACGCGCUCACCUGCGGCUGGCCGGCCGUCUCCUCGACCUGCCUCUGGGCGGUCAGCCGCAUCGCCGGCCCAGCGCGGCACCAAGUCACCACGGAGCACAGGGUCACGCAGCCCAGAGACUGACCGCACGAGAACAUCCCCAGUAGAGUCCAGAACUCCGACCCCGAGAAGCAGACCAGCAUCCUCCUCACCAGGUCUCGGGGUGACCCCCUCACCUCCUCACCCCCUCCACCUGCCCUCGCCCUCUGCACCUCCGUCACCCCCCCGCCCAUCUCAUUGGUCUAUUCCAGGCUCCAGGUCUUCUCCUCAGCCCUCCAGACCUGCGUCUACAGUGGAGGCUUCAGCUCCAUCAUCCAGGAUGGAGGCCUCCCCUCACCCCACCCAUGACAGCACCUCUCCACAGACCUCCUGCUCCUUAACACCUGUCAACACAUCAGCUGAGCCCCCAGAUGAGCCCUCCACCCCACCUGCACACAGCCUACCAGAUUCGGAUUCGGAUUCGGAUUCGGAUUCCGAGGAGGAGAGGGAGGACUGGAAGGGCAGUGUGGGGCUGCUGCUGGACGAGUUUGACUCGUCAGAUGAGGAGCUGAGCCGGUGUGUGGGUGGAGGGGACACUCUCUGUCCAUCCCCCUCCUCCCCUCCCUCCCUCUGCCGCUCCACGGAGGAGGAGCGGUCAUCUCCCCUGGGCCUCGAGCGCUCUGAUGGACGCCUGUCUGACCCGGCGCUCUUCACCGAGCCCUCCUCCGCUCUGCAGGCCCUUGCCCAGAGGACGCCCACCCAAGCACACAGCUUCCUGGGCCUGGACGGUUUCCUCACCCUGGGCGUAGACGUGAGCUUGGCGCGGCCCGGCUCCGGUCCAGUCUCGGCGCGCACUCGCACACCCCAGUGCCGCGGCCCGCAGAGAUCACCCCCACCCUACAAUGGAGGGCAGCUCAGCUGGAGGCCCAGCAGCAGCUUGAGAGAGAGCGCAGCAGAUGAGCUGGUCCUGGCCGUGCUGGAGGCCCAGAGCCCACGCAGCACUCGCAGCACUCUCACUCGGCCCCCCUCCGCUGCACACAGACUCCACUCUGCUGGUGGGGUCACUCCUCGUCCUGCUCCUCAUCCCGUGGGCGUGUGUGGCGGCCUCCUCGUGUCCCGGCCCCUGUCCCGUGCGGCUCAGGAGAUCCUGGAGGUGCAGAGCGUGGAGCAGGAGGUGCUGUGCACCGCCGAGGAGCAGCAGGAGGAGGAGGACGAGGAGGAGGAGGAGGAGCGCCAGGCUCUGGCCAGCCUGGAGGAGGAGUUCAGACAGAUGAGCGCGCAGCCAGGCGCUGGACCAGCAGAGGUCAACCGGACGAGGAGGACAAUCUCGGGGACAAGCACGACGUUCUAGCCCUCCGUUGACCAGUGCGUACACACAACACACACACACACACACACACACACAGACACACACACACACACACACACACACACACACACACACUUGCUUUCACACUUCAAGGCUGCUUUUGAGUCCUGGAGUGAGGCCAUUAUGCUGGAUCAGUUGAGCAGCAGGACUUGUGGCCAUCAUUGUGUUUGAGAUGGUAAUGAUGAGUAAUAACAAAGCUGCUUUAUGGUUUGGGGCUUUAGCUGCAAUGCUCAAGUGAUUCUCUUCAUUUUUACUGCAGAGUUAGAUCAUUAAAAUGUAUUUAUGCCAUUAUAAUGAAAUGAUUUUGGUGCAUUUUGCAUUCUGUACAGGUUUAGGA